AUUCUGUUGCUAAAAUGGGUCGAUCAAAUAAAAACAAAAGUAAAUUAACAGUUUGUAAAAAAAUAGAUAAUAAAGAUAAGGUAGAUAAUAAAAAGCUGCAGAAGGCACUUGCUUCUGACCUUGAAAAUGGUAUUAAAGAAGAGGAAAGAAUGCAAGAGCUGUUAGAUUUGGUUAAAAAUGACAACUAUGAUGAAGAUAUCAUUUGCACUCUGGCAACAAUUUCUGGUUUUGUUUUGGAAAGCAAAGGAGUAGAUUUAUUUUCUAAGUUAAAUGGUGUGAAACAAAUUUCCUCAUGCAUACUGCAUUCAAAUGUUGAAAUUAGAGAAAAAACAUUAGGAGUAAUGAGUAAUUUUAUUUUGACAGGUGGUGACAGAGUGGUAGAGAAUAUUCACAGCAGUAGUUUUAUUACAAAUCUCACACAACUUCUUUUACAGUCAAGUAAACUUAUGGAUUUCAGCUGUGAAGUAGUUUCAAAAGAAAAUUAUCAAAAAGAAAUAUUGGUGUUAAAACAAGUUUUGCAAUUAUUUAUGUGUUUAUGUGAAGCUUCAACUGUUUUGGUGGAUUCCAUGGAUAUCCAAAUAUUAUUUCCAGUUCUUUUAACUAUUAUUAUCAACAAAUCGUUGGAGUAUGAUUUAAGAUGCAUUGCAGCAAAUUGUUUAUAUACAUUAUCUGAAGAAAAUAAAAAUUUAACUAAUCUUGUUGUCAAUUAUCAAGAUCUGUUAAGGGGACUACUUGAUAUUGUUACAAAUAAUACAUCACUUACCAUGUUACUCUCUAUUCUUUGUUCUGGUAUAUUAAUUAACAUUAGUCCAGCUCUUCCAUCUCACCAUGCUUCUGAAGUUAAAGAAAAUUCAAUAAAGCUUGCAUCUUGUUGUCUUGAUUUAAAUUUAAUAAGUACUAUUCUUAAAGAUGAAAAAAAGUGCUUUGAAGUGGUUAACUCAAGUUAUCUACGCAUACAAGAUGUUGCCCUGGAAAUUUUAACUAACAUGCUGUGCACAGAAGAAGAUGAUCAAAGUAGUUGGGAAGACAUGGAUGAAGAAAUUGAUCAGUUUUUAUCUGCUGAAGAAGAGAGUGCAGAUAAUAACAAUAUGAGGUUACUCGAGGUCAUGGUUAACAAUGAAAUCCCUGUUAAGGUUGUAGGGAUGUGUCAAGCAUAUAAUGAACUUGCUGGCCUGUCAAAUGAGAAAUUUUUACAAGUAUUAAACAAUACUAGAAGUAGGUGUUGGCAAUAUCUAAGCAACUAUGUGGUUAUUGCACCUUUAGAUGUUUUAGGUGGAAUUGACCAUGUAAAAAUGCUUUGGCUACUUUUAAAAAAUACGCUUUUAAAUGAUCAAGGAAUUCAAAGGAAUUGUGAAAUCAUGGAUGCAGCAUGUAGUGCAAUGAGAUCGAUUGCAUUAAAACUCAUUCAGUGUGACUCUUCAAAGGUUUGUUGUGAAGAAGUUUUUACAAUGAUUGCACAUAUGUUAAAGUUCGAGAUAAGUGUAUCAGGAAAGAUGAAUCUUGUGAAUGUUCUGGGAAUUAUUGGAAAAGAAUUAUGCAAUAGUGAUACAACAUUCGACAUAUUGAUGAAAAUAGGAGAGACAUUGAAAGACUUACUGUGUGAUACUAACUCAACAUUGCUUCUGAAAGCUGAAGUAGUUGAUGCAUCAGUCGACACCUUUGCUGAUGGUCCUCUCGUUGAUAUCAUCCUUCAAAAUUCUAAACUGUUAGAAAAUCUAAAAAUUUUUUCUAAUGGAUUCAAAUCACAAUUUGUUCUUUUUUAGAUUAAAUGCCAUCGAGCAACUUUGGGUGAUAAUAUAGGUAUUGUUAAUAUGGCUCGGAUAAAUUUGAUUCGUUUCUUAUCAUACAAAGAAAGCAAUAGAUAGCUUUUUACUGACAUCAGUUUAUGUAUGUUGUAUCAUCAGCUACCUUAAUAUUUGCAACUAUGAUAA